AUGGUACUGGCGAGGGGAAACCAAAGCUCUGUGUCUACAUUCAUCCUUUUGGGUUUCUCAGAUUACCCCCAUCUCCAGGUACCCCUCGUCCUGGCAUUCUUGAUCAUCUACACAAUCACUCUGGUGGGGAACCUAGGCAUAAUUGUGGUUGUAAGGAUCAAUCCCAAGCUCCAUACGCCCAUGUACUUUUUCCUCACCCACCUAUCAUUUUUAGAUAUCUGUUAUUCCAGUGUAUUUACACCCAAACUGCUAGAAACUUUGGUUGUUGAAGUCAGGAGUAUCUCUUUCAAAGGUUGCAUGGUGCAGUUUUUCUUUAUCUGUGCAUUUGUGAUUACAGAAAUGUUCAUGUUAGCGGUGAUGGCCUAUGACCGGUUUGUGGCAGUGUGCAAUCCUUUGCUCUACACAGUCGCUAUGUCUCGUAAGCUCUGUGCCCUCCUGGUAGCUGGGACCUACACAUGGGGUGGAAUCUGUUCCAUGACGCUUACAUAUUCGCUUGUGGAACUGUCCUUCUGUGGCUCAAACAUCAUAAACCACUUUGGCUGUGAGUAUUCGGCCAUCCUCUCUCUCUCCUGUUCUGAUAUUUCCUUCAGCCAGACAGCAUGUCUAAUCAUUUCUACAUUCAAUGAGACUAGCAGCCUCCUGAUUAUACUUACUUCCUACAUCUUCAUUGUGGUCACCAUUAUCAGGAUGCCUUCCUCUGGGGGACUCCAUAAAGCUUUCUCCACCUGUGCCUCCCACCUGACUGCCAUCACCAUCUUCCAUGGGACGAUCCUUCUGCUCUACUGUGUGCCCAACUCCAAAAACUCAUGGCUCCUGAUCAAAGUGGCCACUGUGUUUUUUACAGUUAUGAUUCCCAUGCUGAACCCCUUAAUCUACAGUCUUAGGAAUAAAGAUGUGAAAGAAACAGUUAGGAAGUUAAUCAUCGCCAAACUGAUUACUCAUUCUGCAUAA